CCCGGCAGAUUCCGCACUGUGCGCAUGUGCGAAGGUGUUCAGACUGACAAUGCUGGAGAGAUAGUGCGUUUGGACCGAGAAACCCAGAGAAAAGGAAAGACAGAGAAAAAUCAAAAAAGAAGGAGGACAAAAAAGAAAAAAAAAAUAGAUUCAAGAAAACAUCCAAACAAAACCCACGGCGCAGAGACUGGCACCAUGAGGUCCAAAGGCAGGGCGCGGAAACUGGCCACGAGUGAUGGCGAUGAUGACUUUGCAGUCUAUUCAAGCAGCGUCUUAGACGACGUUUGUGACUCAAAUGGCGAUCCUUCACAUUCUACAGCCCAGGCAGAUGACCCGCUGUCCGACGAUGACUCUUCACCUCCAUCACUCCAACAAGCAGGCAUUCUUUUCCCUCAAAGCAACUUAAGCGUUCCUCUGGACUUUGAAUUGAGAGAGUCAACGGUUCCAGGUGCGAGUCUGGGCAUCUGGAGCCGCAGGAAGGUGAAUGUAGGGGAAAGCUUUGGACCAUAUGAGGGAAAGCACACGCCCUGUCUCCAAGAUCCCACGCAGGGUUGGGAGGUAAGAACACGCAUCUCUUUUGCUGUUACUCCACAGCUUGAAUCAAGAGUAAGAAAAUUAAUUAUUUAAGAAAGCAAACUGUAUCCCAACUCAAGCUGACUCCAAACUUAGAGGGAUAUUUCACUUUAACUUUGUGGCAAUGUAUUGAACACUGUCUAUUUUCGGAAAACAAAUUAGAUGUUUAAGGAUAGU